AUGAACUUAUUUAACUCAGCUGUCGGGAAAAACAUCACUUUUGUGCAUCCUGCAUAUUUUGUAAUACGUGGUUUUUCUGGCCUCCCAAAUAUCAAGUAUUACUAUGUCUUUCUCUUUUUUGUUUAUAUUGUUUCAGUGCUGGGAAACACAGCUGUAAUGGCUGUAAUAUACUUGGAUCAUAAUCUGAGAACUCCAAAAUAUAUAGUUGUUUUUAAUUUAGCAUUUGUGGACCUGUUUGGUAGCUCUGCUCUGGUGCCGAAGCUUCUUGACAUCUUUCUGUUUAACCAUCCCCACAUCCCAUACAACGACUGCUUGACGUACUUUUUUUUCUGCUACACCUGCCUCUCAAUGAAUGCUCUUAAUCUGGUUGCUCUGUCCUAUGACAGACUGAUAGCUAUCAUCUUCCCUCUGCACUAUCAUGUGAAGGUGACCCACAGGUCCAUGUUGUCUUUGAUUGCCUCUUUCUGGGUCUUUAUUAUUACUGUUAUUCUUAUUGCAGUUGGCCUUCUUACGAGACUUUCCUUCUGUAAAUCUGUGAUUAUUAACAGCUAUUUCUGUGACCAUGGCCAGAUAUAUCGACUGGCCUGCAAUGACUAUACACCCAGCUUUGUCAUCAGUGUUUUGUUACCAGCUCUUAUUAUUUGGUUUCCUCUGAUAUUCAUUAUGUUUAGUUACAUAUAUAUUACCUUUGCAUUGUCUAAAGUGGCCAAAGCUCAGGAGAGACUCAAGGCCUUUAAAACGUGCACAGCUCAUCUUUCAUUGGUGGCAAUCUAUUUCCUCCCAGUAUUAAUCACAUUUACCUUAAUGGAAAAAAUACAUCCAAAUGCCAGGAUCAUUAACCUGUCUCUGACCUCUGUCUUUCCCCCCAUGUUGAACCCAAUCAUUUAUGUUCUGCAGACACAAGAAAUAAAACAAUCUGUGAAAAGGUUGUUAAAGCUCAGAGUGCAAACCAAAACUACACCUAGAAAAAUAACUUUGCAUUCAUUUUAUGCUUCACUGUGA